ACGUCGUCGCGACGAGUCGUCUUCCUCGCUGUUCCGUUGCCUGUACGUGUAUAUGCGUGCGAUCUCGUGCGUGAUGAAUUUGUGAGCAGGAGCAGGGUGAAAAAUCCAGUCACGUGUGUGACGAGGAAGAGUAAAAUACCAAACACGUACCCGAAGAGUCAUAUGGGUCCUGGAUCGACAAGUUAAUCGUCCUCGUUUCAUUAAAGCGGACCUUGUCAAUUAUCAAUGCGCACACGUUUUUUUAUCUACUACGGUAACAACAGACGGAAUUGCAAAAAGACCAUUUUUUACUGGUAAAGGAAGAAAAAUACUCAAUUCACGGACAUCUUGAAAACUACAAGGAGGCACUUGAAAAUAGAUCUCAAGAAGCGGAAGAUGUUUACACAAGUAUCGAUGACUGAUAUCUUUCCUGUCUAUAAAAAGACUUUAUUGAGAAUUUGUGAUAAGAUUUAAGUCUAGUGAUCAAUCGUGGGAAAUAGUGAUAUUUGCAAAUUGCUGAUACAACGAGAUAUGUGAAGUGUUUAUUUCAUUCUGAUUACGAUCGCGUGAAGAGAUUGUUAAUUAUACUGGAUGGAUGGCAAUAUGAGGAUUAAGAGAGGAGAUUCAUAUUGUCGAUAAUCUCUUAUGAUAUAAUCAAAGAGAGGAUCUUAUAAGAUUCUUAAAAUAGUGAAGAAAUUCUUUCGUUUGUUUGUGAAAAAAAGAGUCAUUAUUCAAUAGCAAACGAAAGCCUUGAAGUGUUAAUAAUCGUUGAUCUAACUUGAAUAAAUUAAUCAAUCGUUUUCAACCGUGGAAGUGGCAGCUCGCGGCAAGUUAAUGCCGCGUGUAAGGACCGAUGGAUUCAACGAAAAUCAAAUCGAAGCCGAAUCCGAGGGAGAAGGCGAGCAUCGUGUCGGUGUUACUUUGGUGGUGGACCAUUACUUUAUUCAAGACAGGAUACAAGAAAACUUUAGAAAUAGAAGACUUGUUUGAUCCUCUGAAAGUCGACAGAUCGACGUGUCUCGGAGAUCGAUUAGAAAAACGAUGGAACAUCGAGCUGGAAAAUUCGAAAAAAUGGAAACGCAGUCCGAGUUUGUUAAAAACUAUUUUCCGCACAUUCUUGUGGGAGUACACUAUGCUGGGAAUAAUACAGAUUCUCAACGAAUUCGUGAUAAGGUUAGGUACGCCAUUAUUGUUGGGUGGUCUUUUACGCUAUUUCCGGAAGGAUUCAGUUGAACCAUACGAAAAUGCCUUGUGGUUUGGAGCUGGUAUCUGUAUCGCCACCGGCAUGAACGUGAUAAGCGGCAAUCAGACGAUCUUUGGCGCUUUCCACGUGGGUGGCAAGGUUCGCGUGGCCGUAUGUUCGGUGGUGUACAGAAAGGCUCUGCGUCUGAGCAAAACUGCACUGGGCGAGACAGCACCCGGAAAAGUAGUUAAUCUAGUGGCCAAUGAUGUCAAUCGAUUCGAUCUCGUCUCCAUCUUUAUUCAUCAUAUGUGGUCGGCACCUCUCUCCGCCCUGAUCGUGGCUUAUAUUCUCUAUCAGCAGGUCGGCUAUGCUGGCCUCAUCGGCAUCGCCGCAGUCUUUGUGGUCGUACCAAUUCAAUCUUACACUGGCAAGCUGUCGUCAAAGUUUCGUCUCCAGACUGCCAUUAAGACUGACGAGCGGGUCCGGUUGAUGGAUGAAAUCAUUUCCGGGGUGCAGGUGAUCAAGAUGUACGCGUGGGAGAAGCCAUUCUGCGCUAUGGUGGCGCUGGCGCGUAAGCUCGAACUUCGAGUGGUUACCAAGAGCUCGUAUAUCCGCGGCAUUUAUAUGACCUUCAAUCUCUUCACAACUCGUAUGGCACUCUACUGCACCCUCAUCGCCAUGCUGAUGUUCGGCGACAAUCUAACUGCCGAUAAAGUCUUCGUCGUUUCGUCCUAUUUCAACAUUCUUGCACACACUAUGACUGGCAUGUUCGUGCGCGGCUUCGCUGAGCUGGCUGAGUGUAUGGUGGCUAUACGUAGGCUCCAGAGUUUCCUUAUGUUCGACGAGUUCCAGGGUAGCAACGUUGAUGUCUCCAAAGCGUCUGCCAGCUACGCCAAUUCAGAUCUCAAGCGGUUCUCCAAACCGGAUCUGCCCUACAUUGACGACGAUGAUGUGGAUUCACGUGGAGAGGGUCUGAACGAGAACAACGACCGCAGAAAGCAAAAUGGUCUAUUGAUUGUUGCCAGCGAUUUGUUGAAAAACACUGUUAAUUUUGUUGGAGAAAACAAACAAUCCAUAUACAAUAUGAACAACUGGGCCAUCAAUAUGAUCAACGUUACUGCCAAGUGGGAGGAGAGACAAUCGGAGAACACUCUGGAGAAUCUGAAUCUGGAAAUAGAAAAGGGCAAGCUGUACGCGGUGAUCGGCAUGGUAGGUAGCGGCAAGAGCUCCUUCCUGUCCGCGAUUCUCGGAGAGAUCAGUCUGACGGAAGGUCAAGUGAAGGUCAACGGCGGCGUCAGCUACGCCAGUCAGGAGGCCUGGGUUUUCGGUGCUACUGUCCGACAGAACAUACUCUUCGGACAGUCCUACGAGCGCCAACGGUACCAGAAGGUGAUCAAGGCUUGUGCUUUGGUACGUGACUUCAAACAGUUCCCACAGGGUGACCAAACCGUUGUGGGUGAACGAGGUACUUCGCUGUCCGGCGGUCAAAAAGCUAGGAUCAAUUUGGCCAGAGCUCUGUACAGGCAGUCGGACAUUUAUUUACUGGACGAUCCUUUGAGCGCGGUUGACGCACACGUUAGCAAGCAUCUGUUUCAAGAAUGCAUUCAGAGAUAUCUUACCGGAAAAACAAGAAUUUUGGCGACGCAUCAGCUGCAAUAUAUAAAGGGAGUGGACGCUAUUAUAUUGCUCGAGCAGGGAAAAAUGAAGUAUUUUUCGCAUUAUCAGGAUUUAUUAGAGUAUCGACCCGAAUAUGGAGUACUCCUGGCAGCAGAGAAUGAAGCGAUUGAUGAUUCAUCUUUAGAAAAGAACAUAAAUAUACGACGACAAUUUUCUUCUUCGAGUAACAGAAGUCGAACUCCGGAAGCCAGUAGCGGCGGCACUGAUGACGAAGAGGAAGACGAAGAUCCUGAAAAAUUGAACGACGGUCUUGAGGGAACAUCACGUGGCCUGGUUAAGGGUCCUAUAUUUAUCAAGUUCUUCCAAACUGGUGCCAAUUUGUGCAUUGCUCUUACCGUUCUGUUUCUGUUCAUCAUUACGCAAUUUAUCGUCAGUCUCAACGACUACUUUGUGCCUUUCUUUGCCAAUUUUAUGGAAACACGAAACUACGAAGCCAAGCACUUUAUCCUGAACCAAACGGAAGACGUUUACGUAAACACGACGAACAUACAUGAACUCAGUGCUAUCGAGGAUAAAUCAGUAAUUAAUUAUAUCUACAUCUACACUGGCAUUGUGCUAGCUAUCUUCUUUAUCGGGAUCACCAGAUCGCUAGUCUUUUACAAGACGUGCAUGAGGUGCAGCCAGCGCCUACACGAUAUGAUGUUUAGUGCGUUAAUUCGUACAGGAAUGCGAUUUUUUGAUACUAAUCCAAGCGGCAGGAUUCUGAAUCGAUUCUCCAAAGACAUGGGCGCGAUCGACGAAUUAUUACCUAAAGCGAUUCUGGAUGCUGGUCAGAUGAACAUGUUGAUGUUCGGAUCGCUGAUAAUGACCUGCGUGGUCAAUCCUAUCUUCUUGGUACCUGUCGUGAUUAUCGGUGGGAUAUUUUAUUGGAUCCGUAAGGUUUAUCUCAAGACCAGCAAGAACGUUAAGCGACUGGAGGGAAUAGCACGCUCGCCGGUAUUCACUCAUUUGAACGCCACGUUGAAUGGUUUGACGACCAUCAGAGCAUAUUGCGCUCAGGACAUACUGAAACGUGAAUUCGACAAGUUGCAAGAUGUACACACAUCUACCUCUUACAUGUAUAUCGUCACUAGCACAGCAUUUGGAUUCGCUUUGGACGUGUUCUGUUUUAUCUUCACUUCACUCAUCACUUUUAGCUUCUUGUUACUCGAUCAAUCAUUUUCCGGUGGCGAAGUCGGUUUGGCCAUCACACAGGUAAUGGCAAUGACUGGAUUGAUUCAAUGGGGGAUGCGACAAAGCGCGGAGGUAGCAAACCAGAUGAUGGCAGUAGAACGCGUACUCGAGUACAUUCAGCUUUCGGCAGAACCGAAUCUAAGAGACCGGGGAGCGUAUGUGAAGAAAAAGGACAAGUAUCUAGCGCUGCCGUCCAGUGUCCCCAAAACCUGGCCCGACGAAGGUUGCAUCAAGUUUAAGAAUGUCUAUAUGCGUUACGCUGACGAAGAUCCACCCGUCCUUAAGGGCUUGAAUAUAGUGAUUUAUCCUGGAGAGAAGAUUGGUAUCGUGGGAAGAACAGGCGCCGGAAAAUCGUCGCUGAUAUCAGCAUUGUUCCGAUUGGCAAAAGUGGAGGGAAUCAUCGAGAUUGACGGCGUGGAUACGGGUUCGAUAGCUUUGGAGGACUUGCGACGCAAAAUAUCCAUCAUCCCUCAGGAUCCCGUUUUGUUCUCAGGUACUCUGAGGCGUAAUUUAGAUCCUUUCGAUGAAUUUCCCGACACGGAUUUAUGGGAGGCACUUGAAGAGGUUGAGCUAAAAGAAGCGGUUAUUACUAUCGGAAACGGCUUGGAAAGUCGCGUGUUUGACAGAGGAAGCAAUUAUAGUGUUGGACAGAGACAGUUGGUAUGCUUAGCGAGAGCUAUCCUGAGAAACAAUCGUAUAUUGAUGCUGGACGAGGCAACUGCGAACGUAGAUCCACAUACCGACGCGUUGAUUCAACGGACUAUUAGGAAAAAAUUCGCAACAUGUACGAUGCUCACAGUGGCACAUCGACUGAAUACUAUAAUGGACAGCGACAAGGUUUUGGUGAUGGAUAAGGGUCGUAUGGCUGAAUACGAUCAUCCUCACAUAUUACUGAAAAACAGUUAUAAUCAGUUUACUUCGUUAGUAAAGGAGACUGGCCCAGGUAUGUACGAUCAACUGGUCAAGGUGGCGAAGCAGGCUUAUGUAGACAAGUAUGGAGAAACGUGACGAAGUGUUAAUGAAUUCUGAUAUAUUUUUUCGUUAGCUAAAUUUUUCAAGAUGAAAGCUGAUUACUUAACGUGCCCAGUAUACUUAUAACGUAGACAAUAUAUAGAGCAUACAGAAUGGCGCAUGUAAACAAAUGUCUGUACAUUUCUACAAGACCAAAGAACACAUUGUAUAUGUUUCUUCGCGACGUCAUGAUACUUUCGUUAAGUAUCAUAACGUUGUGAUGCAGAGCGUGGCAUGCGUCUACAAAAUUAUAUUUUUGUAUCGUUUUUAAUAAGAUUACAGGGAAAGCAUUCCCUUGCCGUAAUAUCUAGUGCAAGUUUCUGCCACGAGUUAAGUCUCGUAACAUUGUUAUAUUUUUCUACCGUACUACUACAGAAAUUACGAAUAUACUUAAUUCUUGUGAUAAAGCGAACACGUACUUCAUCAAUCAAGAAUGAACUGAGCCAGUGAGAUGAAGCGUGAUUUAGCAUAAACAUGAAAUUGUAUGUAAGAUAAUAUUCACGCACACACAGUAACUUGCUGUGAUCUCUACCAAUAUCCAUCAUACGUGCUCCGAGCCGCAAAAGAUCUUAUAAGAGUCAUAAAUGAUCUGGGAGAAAUUAAAAUUGCAAUACAAUCUUUAUUAAGUAAAUUUUAUAAAAAAUAAAUUGAAAUUAUAUAUGAGUCUGAGAGAGGUGUAGUACAU